AUGCAAGUUAAUCAAAUAUGUGCUUAGCCUGAAGCUCAAUAUUUAGAUAAUUAUGACAAUUUUGAAGAAGUUAAAGCUACUUUUAAGUGUCUUUAAAAUAUCCAUUAGCCACUUGAACCUGAGGCUACAUUUUUUUUGAUACGUGCUCCAACAAAAGAUAAUGUUCAUCGAGCAAUCAAAUAUGGUAUUUGGACUAGGUACAAAUUUAUAUGAAGUUAGUUCGAGUCGAAAUAAUAAAAAACUGAAUGAUGCUCCUCGUCCUGUGUACCUUUUAUUCAAUGUUACAUAAACUUCUCAUUUUAUUGGAUUGGCAAAAAUAGUUUCUGAAUUUAGGGAUAAAAUGCAUUUCAAGUAUUGGGCUGAAGAAAAUAAAUGGUUUGGAUCAUUUCAAAUUGAAUGGGUAAGAAUUAAAGACAUAUAAGGUGUUUGUAAGAGAUUUACCAUAUAAGGAACUUAGUAUGAUAUAAUAAACAUGUGGAAAGUGUAUUCAUGAAUUGAUAGAUUGUACUCAAAUUGAAAAUACUGAAUAAAUUUAUAGUGCAUUUUAAAAACAACAACAAAAUAGCUGCAUGCUUAAUAGCUUUAAGGAAUUAGAUAAUUCUGAAGUAUUAGAUAUUUUUAUUGAUUAAAGAAAAGAAAAAGAAAUGAUAGAGAUACAAAUCCUAAUUUUGAUAUAUCAUUUUCAGAAUACAUCUCUGUUUUUGAAUAAAUGCCUUUCUCUUUCUCUGUGUCUUCUUUCUAAAGAAGAAAGCAAUAAUAAUAUCAAAAUUAGUACUUAUAAUAAUGUCAAUAUUAUUAUCAAAGUCCUUGGUAUGGUGUAGGUAUAACUAUAAUUGAUAAUCCUAGCAUAAUCUACAUUUUGGAAUUCCUAAGUAUAAUCUAAUACACAAUAAUAAUAAUAAUAAUAAUAAUAAUAAUAAUAAUAGAAAGUAUCAAAUCAUAAUGCAGGAUUCUAUUAAACAUAAAAUUAUAAUAGACCACAAACUAAGCAUUUAUAAAAAAAAUAAUAAGGCCAAAAUAAGCAUACUAAUUAAGAGAGUUUAAAAAAAUAAUGA